AUGUCGUCUGCUCAAGACGGCGCUAGAAAAGGCUGGUGGUUCCAUGGCGAUCACCAACGAUCUCGUCGAGAACACAACAGCGCACGAUGUGGCCACUCUUUGAAAGAGCACUUUCGCGAUUUACCGCAGUCCCUGCUGCCCCGAGAGCACUACCAAGCCUACAUUGCCGCGUCCAGAGUGCCGCUAGAUGAGCGCAUUGACGUAGUUCGACUGCUCGUCUCGUUACUAGGACCACCUAACAUCGACACUCUUUAUGUGCUGCUGAAGUUCCUGCACGAGGUGUCUCUGCACAGCCACAGUCCUACGCACCAGGUGCAUCACACGGGUGUAGAGGUGAGACAAUGUCGCUACGGUGCAAGGGAAUCGAAUGGACACACGGAACUUGGCAACAAUUUUUGCCCCAUCCUAUACUACGACCGGAUCACGGCAAACUCCACGCGACACUCGCUGAGAAUGAACAGCAAAUUAGCCAUUGUGGAGACGAUGAUUGCCCACGUUGAAGAAGUGUUCAGGAUACCAAAAUGCAAUAUCAUACACACAAGCUGCGUGACACCGAUCCCGAUCGCCUGGAUCGAUUCCUCAACCAUCUCUCGAGAACUGAAAGGUUGGUGGCAAUUCCGGGAUUCGCUAUCAGCCAAAGUCUGCUCGUAUCGAAGCGGUUCAUGGCCGUUCUCUUUGGGAGGAAGCUCAGGACAGCAGCGGUUCUUCCCGUCCGAUUCUGCUUGUCCAUCGACAAGCUCCUGUCCUUCUGAUGAGAAUGAAUCUAAAGAGGUGGCCAGUUCGACCAGUCAAAAUAAUGACCCUGUUAGUAAAGACCUCGCUACAUCAGCACCAGAUCGAGCUCGAUCUCCAUCCCGAGAGCGUGACUUUCGCUUGGCAGCUCGUCUCGGAGCCGCUGCUGCUCGACGUCGUUUCUGUAAUGUCGUGCGUGCGUUCCGAUUUUCCAGCGUCACCAGAAGCUCUCCUAACGUCGCCGACUGCUAA